CGGGGUGGAAAAUGAGACGGAGAGCCUGAGCUCGGCGAGACGGUCCAGCCAGCCUGCGUGUUUCACCACCAUGGAUUAUGUCGCGGCGUCGCCCCCGAGCAUCUUGCCCUGCGCCUGAGCGGGACGGGACCCGAACGCGACCAGGUCCGGCGAGAAUCCAGGAGCUCUAAACGUUCAGAAGAUCGCGUCCGAGCAAGCAGCGCGGCGAGAUCGCUACAAGCCCGUCCUCCCUGCGGAUCCGACAUGCCGCGGGACAGCAAGUCGCCCCUCAUACAGAAGAUAGCCCGGCAGGCGUACGCCACCUUCCGGGGCUUCGACGCGUCCGCCGUCGGCACCGACCAGGCGUUUCUGGACAAGCAGAACGAACUCAUCGAGCUCGUCACCGCCGUGCGGGCGGCGGACCUGAAAAUCGCCCCCCGCCAGAGCCAGGCGGGCUCCAAGGCGGAGCUGGCGAGCCCCCCGGUCACCUACAUGCACAUAUGCGAGACCGACGCCUUCAGCAUGGGGGUCUUCCUGCUGCGGAGCGGCGCCUCCAUCCCGCUGCACGACCACCCGGGCAUGAACGGCGUGCUGAAGGUGCUGUACGGCAAGGUGAGCGUCACGUGCUUCGACAAGCUGGAGGGCGGCCGCGGCGCGCGCGGGGAGCCGCCGCCGACGCAGAGCGCCGCGGCCGCCCGGCGCUCGGUGGGGGAGUACUCGGAGGACAGCGGGCCGUGCCUCCUCACGCCCCUCCGGCAUAACCUCCACCAGAUCGACGCCGUGGAAGGGCCGGCCGCCUUCCUCGACAUCCUGGCGCCGCCCUACGACCCCGACGACGGCCGGGACUGUCACUACUACAAGGUCCUACAGGCGACGGGGGCGGGGGGGCCGGACGGCGACCCGAAGGAGCGGCGCGACGAAGAGGAGGAGAAGGAGAAGGAGGAGGUGAUGUGGCUGCUGGAAAUCCCCCAGCCGGAGGACUUCUGGUGCGGCGGAGAGCCGUACCGAGGCCCUGCCGUGUCUGUCUGAAGGAGGCGCCCCAUCCUGUGAGGAGAGCGUGCAGAAUGCGGCUCAUGUUUGUUGCUUUCCAAAAGCUUGUUAAUUGUAAUUGAACGCCGGGACUCCACAAUCCCACCUGCUGCCUCUGCCGGGGGGACCCUGGCAUCGGACCCCCGGACACACCGAUAGCCCUCAGUCAAACAUCUGGACUUGGCGGAAGCAAAAUUGGAAUCCAUAUGGUGUUACGCAAGGCUCCGUGGCCUGUCGACUGGACUGCAUACGUCUCACCGUGACGUGGCGUGACGUGGCGUGACGUGACGUGGACCGCCGUCAGGCGCCGCAGUGCUGAUGCCGAAGCCUGUAACUUCAGUCGUCUUUCUGCCUUACUUGAGAAUAUUGAAUGUAUCAUUUGCAAGGCCGCUGUUUCUUCUGUAUACACACCCCUCGGGUUUCGCUCGAGCGUGCACGCCACGUUCCCUCCUCUUUGUGUCUAAUUUAUUCCAGAGACAGGCUUCCUGCAGGUCUGCAGGUCUGCAGAGUCCCGGAAGUUUGGUGCGAGAGAGACUCACGCAGUUCAUGUCCGUAGGGCCACACUUGCUCUGUUUUUUGUGUGUUUCAGACGCAGGCGUGUUGUGAGUUGUGUUGUGGCGUGAGGCGAUUGUACAUCUGCUGACACCACGCAUCCUGGACACUGACCCCAAACCUGAGCUGUCCCAUCACUCUUACCAACUGUAACCCUGACAAAACGUGUGCACGCCGUCAUUGCCCUCGGCGCUGUCCAUUAUGUCUCAGUGUUGCGUCAUGCAUAGAAGAAGUGGCUGUAAGUUGUGGGUCUCCACGUGUGCGUGUGCGUGUACUCUAGCUAGCCUGCAUCUGCGGUCCACUCAACAUUUCACACAACUGGCUCGCUCCUCCUGAGGCCCGCGGCAGGCUUCCUCACGUGAUGAAUGUAUGUAAAGCAAUAAAUCAGACGGGAACCAGUCACGCAUUAUCUUUUUUAUAUCGUUUGUGUUAUCCGCUAUUAUGCACGGUGCCGAGAGAGGGCAAGACAACAACGCGCCGGGUCGAAGUGGUCAUGUGUGGUUCGUCUUGGAAGUGGCGUGGCAUCAGCGUUGCAAACAUACUCACUGGCAGACAAAUGAAAUGGCAAACAUGGGCUACUGUACUCAGCCCUCAGCGGACACCUGGCCUUUUUCUAGAGGAAAGGCAAUUAUACACGGAAUAAAGGUUUUUUCUAAGA